GAAACAAAACUUAGGAGGGAGGGAGAGGGAGGGAGGGAGAGAGAGAAAGAAAGAGCAAGAGAAAGAGAUGGGAGUGACCAAGGAGCAAGUGAAGUCUUCACUGACGUCAAAACUGAACCCUGCACAUCUCGAAGUAAUUGAUACAUCUGGAGGAUGUGGUGCUAGCUUUGCUAUUGAGAUAGUAUCAGAGCAGUUUGAAGGAAAGAGGUUGCUGGAGAGGCAUCGGCUGGUAAAUUCAUCGUUAGAAGAGGAGAUGAAGGAGAUUCAUGCGCUCUCGAUAAAGAAAGCUCUGACACCAGAGCAGUGGAAACAACAGCAGGAGUCUCAAGUAUCUAAACCCGCCCCGUGAACAAUAUUUCCAAAGGUUUCAAGUUUAUAUUGUAGCUGGUAAGAAUAUAUUUCGAGAGUGCUGGAAAAUUAGAUGAAAUUUUCUAUUUUACCGUCCCAAAUUCUAUGCAGUGUGAGAAUAAGUUGGUAAUUAUUCUACCAGUUUGUAUACUAUUGUGGAUGCUUUGUCA